GUGAUAAAAUUACGAAAGCAGUUGAAUAUGAAUAGUGUUGCGUAUAAGAGAAUUUUGAAGUUUUUUAGUUGUUUGCUGGAAAAGGCAGCAUUUGAACGAUAUGCAGUUUACGCUCGUAUUAUUUACGGGUAUGAAUUUGCCGAUCGCCUUUGGGAAUUACCAAACGGAUUGAAUACUUUACCGGAACUAAAUACCGACUCUGUUUGCCUGAUCAAGUUUCAGGAAUUUGGAGGGAGACUUUUUGGCGAUGGAAUCAGUCGAAUUAGCGAUUCUGCAGAUCUUAGACUGAAUAGCUUGAAUACUUCAUGUCUCAUCGACGAAAAUGAAGUACGUUGCUACCGAAGAUACCUGGAAAACGACCACGAUUACCAACACCUGGUAGCCAAUCGAGAUCAAGCUCUCCGGUCUUGCAUACAGAGCCUCAGAUUACGGAGUGAAUGUCGAAACAACGAUGGUUCUACUAUGCGAGCUUGCCUUUGUAGCGCCAGAGAAGAAUUUGAAAAUCGGCUUCAAGCCUCCUUAAUCGAAUGUGUCCGCAAAUCUGGCUCGAUGUUCAGCGGUAGUUCACAGCAUAAAAAUAUCUUGCCAAAUUUGUCAAAUUUAGGUACAAUAAUCAAUGGCCAAUGUCUUUGUGCCUGCAAUACUCCAUCAACAGCUGAGUACAAAUUUUCCAGUGACCAACAAAACCUUGACAACUUCAUUCAUAAAGUCGCAGAGCCUAUAUCGACUUUGAAACAAAAAUCCAUACUUCAAGACCGAUGGGAAGACUCUCAGUUACUGCAGGUAAAUCCUCUUCUACUUUCUUCUCCCCGUAUAAAAUAG